AUGCCCACCACAAAGCUGCCCCCGCCCAAGCCACCCCUCCCAACAGGCCCUGCAGGCCACACCCACCCCAUCAAGCCCCUCCAGGGCGUCAGCAAGACGAGGGCCGGCCCAGCACAGUCGGGCAAAGCAGGCUAUCCUCGCAAUGUCAUCUUUGUUACUCGCAACUCGGCGCUGGGAGGGUUGAUGGGGAAAUGCCGGAGUCUGGUCGUGGACGAAGGAUAUACAUCACUUACGUUCCAUGCCCUCGGACCGGCCAUCUCUCACGCGCUGCUCUUGCUGCACGCUCUCCUCGACUUGUUACCAUAUCCCAAAGGAGACAAGGGAAUGUGGUACGAGAUCAAGACUGGCACUGUCGCCUGUGUCGAUGAAGUGGGCAAGAAGAAGGAAGGGGAAGAAGAAGAAGAGUGGUUGCGCGAUGUAGGGGGCGUCGAAGCAGAAGCGCCAGAACGAAAGACCCGACUCAAAUCAUCAACAGAAAUGACCCUGCACAUCUCAUCCCGCUCGGCCAAACGCCCCGCACGCGAAGCCAAGUCGAAACAGAACAGGCCGAGUAAGCGGGCACGAGCCAACAGGGCGCGGCGGUUGCGAGACGAGGAGGAGGAAGAGGAAGAGGAGGAGGAGGAGGAGGAGGAAGAAGAUGCACUGAACGCUUGA